GAAGAAUGGUGAAAUUAUUGCGAUGGGUGAUGGUCGAGCAGACAGUCCUGUCAAACGAAGCUGGAUCGAGCACGGCAAUGGAGAAGGAAGGCCUCACCCGAGCAUUAGCCCAAUUAGAAGAAGAGGGUGUCGCAGUCAAGGAACUUGUAACUGAUAGACAUGUGUCUAUAAGAAAGAUGAUGAGAGAUCACCAUCCAACUAUUAGACACAGUGUUGACAUAUGGCACAUCGAUAAAGGAAUGGGCAAAAAGCUGACAGCACUUGGAAAGGAGAGAGGGUGUGACUUGGUUAAAAAAUGGAAGCCAGCCAUUUCCAAGCAUCUAUACUGGUGUGUCAACAAGGGUAAGGGGGACCCUGAUGUCUCAGUGGCAGCAUGGAAGGCUUUGGAAAACCAUGUGAUAAACAUCCACACCCAUGAUGAUCCAAAGUUUGACAAAUGUCUCCAUGGGGAGAUAGAGGAGAGAGAAUGGUUCAAACCUAGUACAAAGGCCUACACCAAGUUGAAAGAGAUAGCUUUCUCAAAAAAUAUGAUGAAGGAUAUCAGACAACUGACCCCUAACAGUAUCACCUCUGGAGUUGAAUCAUUUCAUUCAUUACUCAAUCAUAUGGCUCCCAAGAUGUUACAGUUCAGCUAUCAUGCUAUUCGUGCUAGGUUAGUAUAA